GCUAGCUGUAAACAGGCCCGGAAGAAUAUUGCGCUCCUGCCUUUACCUCGCGUGCGCGACAACUAGGGCGACCGCCGUCGCUAAACGCCCAGCUGCCCAGGUCUUCGUCGGGCCCCUCGCCGGCGACGAGCACUCAACACACUCACCAGGAUGGCGCUGAGGGGGGUCUGGCAGCUCCAGAAGCUCGUGGUAAACUACUGCGACUGGGGAGGGAGCAGCAGGGGCAUCAGAGCCUUCAUGGAGGCACAUCUUCCAGCCUUUAAGGAAAAGAUUCCACACUUAGAAGUGGUGACAGAGCUUGUCCGCGGUCAACAUCCUAACUUGAAGGGAAUUUACAAGAACCAUAACGAGCGAGUGGUCUGCGUGAGAAAUUUACCGCCAGAAGAAAUACUCCUGCAAGCCACCAGGCUAAGGAACUCUCUGGGCAGGAAAGUGGUGAAGCUGCGGACCAGACACGUAACGAAGCGGCCCAGUGUCCAGGGGACGUGGACGACGGAGCUGAAGAUGUGAAGCCAAGCUAGCAGUCAAGGUGUUUCGGUGUUCUUGGUGGUGUGAUCGCAGAGAAAUGUCAGCUGUGUCAAUAACUUCGGUAGAGAGCUGCCGUUAUGCCAGCCUAUUUCGAUAGCCAAACUAUUUACACCUUUUGUUCCGACUAAGGCUGCCUCGAGCAGUAUUCGGUAAAGGGUCCGGUACCCUUGACUCU